GCAGGCUACUGCUGCGAGACAGCUUCUAGCUGCCAACAAUUCCUAAUCUCCUCGGCGGUGCCCUGAGAAAGGAAGAGAAGAGGGGGAGGAAGAAGAAACCGACCAUCAGAGAAACCGUGCAUCCGAGUCUUGGUUACUUAGGAGCAACCACCGCGCUUCUCUGCCUUGUCCACCCAGCAAGGAUCCCUGAGCCAUUCCGUAAUCGCACCCGCUAGCAGAGCCCCCUCUCGGUGGCCUGGAGCUUCUGGCCGCUACAAGUCGGAAGCUGAGCCCAGCCUCUGUCUCAGGAAGCGGCGGCAGCAGUAGCCCGAAGGCGCUCGGGCUAGCACGGUGGACCCGGCGGGGCAGCGGUGCACAGAGCCGGCCAGGAUGGAGGCAGAGGGCAGCAGCGUGCCUGCCCGGGUGGGCAGCGGCGAGGGCAGCGACGGCACCGGCGGGGCUGCACUCAAAGCCCCUAAGCAUCUCUGGAGGCACGAGCAGCACCACCAGUACCCGCUCCGGCAGCCCCAGUUCCGCCUCUUGCACCCCCAUCACCACCUGCCCCCGCCGCCACCACCCUCGCCCCAACCCCAGCUGCAGCCACCGCCACCGCCCCCACUGCCGCCACCCCCGCCGCCGCCCGGAGCUACCCGUGGUCGCUACGCCUCGAGCGGAGCUAGCCGCGUCCGGCACCGCGGCUACUCGGACACCGAGCGCUACCUGUACUGCCGCGCCAUGGACCGCACCUCCUACGCGGUGGAGACAGGUCACCGGCCCGGCCUGAAGAAAUCCAGGAUGUCCUGGCCCUCAUCAUUCCAGGGACUCAGACGUUUCGAUGUGGACAAUGGCACAUCAGCGGGACGGAGUCCCUUGGAUCCCAUGACCAGCCCAGGAUCUGGGCUAAUUCUCCAAGCAAACUUUGUCCACAGUCAACGCCGGGAAUCCUUCUUGUAUCGAUCUGACAGCGAUUAUGACCUCUCUCCAAAGUCUAUGUCCAGAAACUCCUCGAUUGCCAGCGAUAUACAUGGAGAUGACCUGAUUGUGACUCCAUUUGCUCAGGUCUUGGCCAGCCUGCGAACUGUCCGAAACAACUUUGCUGCAUUAACUAAUUUGCAAGAACGAGCACCCAGCAAACGAUCACCCAUGUGCAAUCAACCAUCCAUCAACAAAGCCACCAUCACAGAGGAGGCCUACCAGAAACUGGCCAGCGAGACCCUGGAGGAGCUGGACUGGUGUCUGGACCAGCUAGAGACCCUGCAGACCAGGCACUCCGUCAGUGAGAUGGCCUCCAACAAGUUUAAAAGGAUGCUGAAUCGGGAGCUCACCCAUCUCUCCGAAAUGAGUCGGUCAGGGAACCAGGUGUCGGAGUACAUAUCGAACACAUUCUUAGAUAAGCAACAUGAAGUGGAAAUUCCCUCUCCGACUCAGAAGGAAAAAGAGAAAAAGAAAAGGCCGAUGUCUCAGAUCAGUGGGGUCAAGAAGUUGAUGCAUAGCUCCAGCCUGACUAAUUCAUGCAUCCCAAGGUUUGGGGUUAAAACCGAACAGGAGGAUGUCCUGGCCAAGGAACUAGAAGAUGUGAACAAGUGGGGUCUCCAUGUCUUCAGAAUAGCAGAGCUGUCUGGAAACCGGCCCCUGACUGUUAUCAUGCACACCAUCUUUCAGGAACGGGAUUUAUUGAAAACAUUUAAAAUUCCAGUAGACACUUUAAUUACGUAUCUGAUGACUCUGGAGGACCAUUACCAUGCCGACGUGGCCUAUCACAACAACAUCCAUGCUGCAGAUGUCGUCCAGUCCACGCAUGUGCUCUUGUCUACACCUGCGCUGGAGGCGGUGUUCACAGACUUGGAGAUUCUCGCGGCCAUUUUCGCCAGUGCAAUACAUGACGUGGAUCAUCCCGGUGUGUCAAAUCAGUUUCUGAUCAAUACAAACUCAGAACUUGCCUUGAUGUACAACGACUCCUCCGUCCUCGAGAACCAUCACUUGGCCGUGGGCUUUAAGCUGCUCCAAGAAGAAAACUGUGACAUUUUCCAGAAUCUGACCAAAAAGCAAAGACAAUCUUUAAGGAAAAUGGUCAUUGACAUUGUACUUGCAACAGACAUGUCAAAGCACAUGAACCUGCUGGCUGAUUUGAAGACAAUGGUGGAAACGAAGAAGGUGACAAGCUCUGGUGUCCUCCUCCUUGACAAUUAUUCUGACAGGAUCCAGGUCCUGCAGAACAUGGUGCACUGUGCAGAUCUGAGCAACCCCACGAAGCCGCUCCAGCUGUACCGCCAGUGGACAGACCGGAUAAUGGAGGAGUUCUUCCGCCAGGGGGACCGGGAGCGGGAACGUGGCAUGGAGAUCAGUCCCAUGUGUGACAAGCACAACGCCUCUGUGGAAAAAUCACAGGUGGGCUUCAUAGACUAUAUUGUUCAUCCACUCUGGGAGACAUGGGCAGACCUCGUACACCCUGAUGCCCAGGACAUUUUGGACACUUUGGAGGACAAUCGUGAGUGGUACCAGAGCACAAUCCCCCAGAGCCCCUCCCCUGCACCCGAUGACCAAGAGGAGGGCCGGCAGGGCCAAACUGAAAAAUUCCAGUUUGAACUAACUUUGGAGGAAGACGGCGAGUCAGACACUGAGAAGGACAGCGGAAGUCAAGUGGAGGAAGACACUAGCUGCAGUGACUCCAAGACGCUGUGCACUCAAGACUCGGAGUCCACGGAAAUUCCCCUGGAUGAGCAGGUCGAAGAGGAGGCUGGAGCAGAAGAGGAGGCAAGCCAGCCCGAAACUUGUGUCAUAGACGAUGGCUGUCCCGACACGUAACAGUGUAAAGACUGUCUCACUUUUUUUUUUUUUUUUAGUAGAAAAAUUGUUUCCAAAGUGCAUGUCACAUGCCACAACCAUGGUCACACCUCACUCUCAUCUGCCGGGACGUUUGUUGAACAAAACUGACCUUGAACUACUCAGUCUGGCGCUCAGGAACACCGCAACCAGUUCUUUCACCUCCGUGUCAUCGGAGCAAGGGGGAACGUCGUCACGAACACGAUUUUGACGUGAUUCUCAGCUUGGCAGAGCUGACAAAGCAGAGAAAAUCAACUCCAACUGUUUUUGAGGGAGCUUGGCUCAUUGGGCUGCCCCAAAGUAGAUGUAGAUGGCAGGAUUCCUUCCUGGUUUGUUUGCAGAAAUUUUAGAGAAGGAAGGCAUUCGAGGGAUGGAGUGAACUUGCAGAUGAAGCAAUGAAAAUGUCAUGAACAGGACACAGCGUCAGCCUGUGCCCAGGAGGAGGAUGAGCCGCAGAAAUUGCAUAAUUUUCUAAUUUCAAGUCUUCCUAAUACAUGACUGAACAGUGUGGUUCAGUGAGCCACACUCACCUCUACAUUUUGUAUGAUAUGUAAAACAGAUUUUUUGUAGAGCUUACUUUUAUUAUUAAAUGUAUUGAGGUAUUAUAUUUAAAAAAAACUGUUCAGAACUUCAUCUGCCACUGGUUAUUUUUUUCUAAGGAGUAACUUGCAAGUUUUCAGUACAGAUCAGUGCUACUACACUGGAUAAAUCUCAUUUACAAAUUUUACUUGCACCUUAGAGUUCAUAGCAAUUAACUGAUUUGUAGUGAUCUCUUGUUUUAUAUACCAAUGACUUCCAUACCUUAAAACAGAGAAACAACUUUCUGUUGCCGGAAACCCUUUUUGUAAGUGUCUUGACUCCCGUCUCUUAUUUCAGUCCUCCCCCAAACAGGAGAAUUGCUCUCCGUCACAUCCAUGGUGUGCGAAGUGAGUAUUUAUUCUGUAAUCCUUUCUGUGCAUUCUGUCAAAUGUGUCUUAAGCCUCCUGGAAGCUCAGUCCUCAGUUGGUGUUGUCUGAAGUCAAUGGGCGAUAUAGAAAUACCCAGUAGCUGAGAGUCCGUCUGUUUCAGGCAUCUUCCUACCUACUGCCUUCUGAUGCCUUUUUCUUUUUCUGUGUCCCUUAUAGUCACAACACAUUCGCCCAUCAGUUUUUACUGUUGCUCACAGUCGGGUACAAUAAGAAAGACAUUUGUCCUUCAUUGCACUGUCUAAUGUGUGUUCCAGCGUCUGUCCGUGUUCUAGGUGGGGUCUUGUCAAGGGUGUCAGUGUCGUUAGGGUUGACGUUCCUUUCUGCCACACGGUUCUGCGUCAUCACUAGCUUUUCCUCUGGGGUUGCGGAGGGAAACACGCUAAGUGUGCACUCGCAGUUCUGAAGAAUGCUAGCAGACUCUCUCAGCCAGGACCGGGACAACUGUGGUUUGAACUGCCCAUGGAUGUAAGACCUCCAUGAGGAGUGUCCCUGGAAAGUCACUCUAUGGGUAGCAGCUCCUCUCCCAGAAAAUUGCCAUCAAUUAUUAUUGCUCCAUAAGCUUGCCCUAUAGGAAGGACUACUUCAGACACACAGAAUUGAUGGUGCCACUGGCACCAGGGCGGGGUAGUUAAACAAUGCAAUCUAAAACCUUGGAUUGACAGACUCUGCCUCAAUACAAUAUUAAGAGGGAAUUCCAGAUUUCAGCCCCAGGAACUCUACUGAUUUUUAUAUAUUAACUACCAGUGUUAACUUGCGGAUCGUGAUCUGCCUCAGGCAACAUAUGUAUAGUCUGAGCCUUAGGUGGAUCCUCAGAGUUUGGAGCCCAUCUUAUUUUUUCUUUUUGGCAUCCAAAUGGGGGAGUAAAAGGGAGGGUGGUAUAUAACUAAAUGAAAAAUCAUAAAUCUGAAAAAAACAUACCUGAAACUUCUCAAGGAAGUUGUGGGCUAGUCACUGAGAAAGUAAGUCGUCAGCCAGGGAAACCACCCAAGCUGAACCAAAACCCUGCUUCAAUCUCUUUAGUUCCAAGGAUGCUUAGAACCUUUGCUACAAAAAAGGUUUCUGAUCUUUACCAUAGGGCAGGAUAAGAAUCAAAUAACUGACGGCUGGAGGGUCAGCUUCCCUUCCUUAUAAAGAGCAAAUGAAGCAUAAUCUGCCUUGUGUGACCAAACUUUCCACAAGACAUUUGGGCACCUGUUUCUCUUUUCAUUUUAUGUAUCCCUGAAGGGGCUCCCGAAGGAAGGGCAAAGAGUCUAGAGUUGAUUUCCCCCUUCCUAAAUCAUUCUCACUUCUCCUCCCUCCACGUGGCAUUUCCCCCACAGAGUGCCUGCAAUCUUCACAAUGAAAAGAACAGCAAUAUGUCAUAAACAGAUUCAUACCUGCCAGGGUUGGUAACCACACUAACGGAGCCUGCGUUGGUCCUUAAGGGCACUGUGUUACAAUGGCAGCCACCGAUGGACAAUCAAGCUGUAGCGAACACAUAAUAUCCAAGAGUUAGAGACUAGCGUCCUAUACCUACCCUCUGUUCACCACCCCUACCCCCUUUACCGUGCCCCUUGCUCACUCUCUCACCAAAGUGUGGUUCACAAUACACACUGCAUUAAAAAGAACAUCUUUAUACAAGUGGCUUUAUUUCCUAAAAUGCCAUAAGAAAAUGCAGUAUCUGGGUACUGUACGGGGGAAACAAGUCCAAGUUUGCAUAAAACCAGUACAUUUCAGCUUGCAAGUUACUGAAGGCGAUAACGCUGUUUUCAUUCACAUCAGUUCAAAGAAAUGAGUAAACAGUAUAGAUAGAACAAAAUGCAGAUAAGGAAAGAAAAAAACUUGAAUGAAACAGAUUUUACAGAAAGCUUUAUGAUAAUUUUAAUGCAUUAUUUAUUUUUUGUGCCAUGCAUUUUUUUCUCACCAAAUGACCUUACCUGUAAUACAGUCUUGUUUGUCUGUUUACAACCUUGUAUUUAUUGCAAUGUACAUAAUGUAAUGUUAAUUGUAAAUUAUCAGUUCUUAUUAAAACAUUGUCCCAUGGU